AUGGCAUUGGUAAGGAGAAACAUACUCAUGGAUAAUCAGUUAUGCGUUUGGUGUGACAUUGAGGAAGAAACGGUCGAACACAUUUUUACGGGUUGUGUUAUUUCUGCCGGAGUUUGGAAUGGGGUUUCUAGAUGGUGUCGAAUCCCGGAUAUAUUCGCAUUCCACGUUAAAGAUUUGGUGAAUAUGCAUGAGGUAUGUGGGACGUCCGGAAUCAAGAAGGCGGUGCUUCAUGGGGUGAUUAUAAUCGCAUGUUGGAUAUUGUGGCGAGCUAGGAACGACAAGAUUUUUUCCAAUAAAGAGUCGAAGGUAGUGGAUUUGGUUGCCGACAUCAAGACUUUGGGUUUUCUUUGGUACAAACAUAGAUGCAAAGAAGGUGUAGUGGAUUAG